ACAACUACCGAAUCUUUCCCUUGUUCAACAAAAUUAGACAUAUUUUUUGGGUCUAAUCCAGCUCAAAAGUUUACGUUUUUUCUUUCUCUUCUUGUUUUGUUUUGUGUGUGUGUGUGUGUGUGUGUGUGUGUGUGUGUGUGAGCUGGUUCGAUUUCUUAUCCAAGCAAGGAGGAGGAAGGAGGGGAGGUUUCAUUGGUUAAACAAAUUGAGAAUGUGGGGGAGGGGGACCCUAAGGAUAUGAUAUGAUGAACUGUCAAUUGUAAAGCAGACAGUUCCGUGAUUCAUCGUUUUCAUGAGAUUGAUUUGUUGGAGAAAUAGAAACUAUGGAUCUUGUCAUUGGUGGAAAAUUUAAACUUGGGAGGAAAAUUGGUAGCGGAUCAUUUGGAGAGCUUUAUCUUGGUGUAAAUGUUCAAACCGGAGAAGAAGUUGCUGUCAAGCUGGAAUCUGUGAAAACUAAGCAUCCCCAACUCCACUAUGAGUCAAAGUUGUAUACGCUGCUUCAAGGAGGAACUGGUGUUCCUAACCUCAAAUGGUAUGGAGUUGAAGGAGAAUACAAUGUAAUGGUUAUUGACCUUCUAGGUCCUAGUCUUGAAGACUUGUUUAACUACUGCAACAGGAAACUCUCUUUAAAAACCGUUCUCAUGCUUGCGGAUCAGCUGAUAAACAGAGUCGAGUUUGUGCAUACUAGAGGUUUCCUUCACCGUGAUAUUAAACCCGACAACUUUUUAAUGGGCCUUGGGCGCAAAGCAAAUCAGGUGUAUAUCAUCGAUUUUGGACUGGGGAAGAAAUACAGAGACCUUCAGACUCACAGGCAUAUCCCGUACAGAGAAAACAAAAACCUCACUGGAACAGCUCGGUAUGCAAGUGUGAACACUCACCUUGGAGUCGAACAAAGUCGAAGGGAUGAUUUGGAAUCUCUUGGUUAUGUGCUUAUGUAUUUCCUUAAAGGAAGCUUACCCUGGCAGGGAUUAAAAGCUGGGACAAAGAAGCAGAAGUAUGACAGGAUUAGUGAGAAGAAAGUGGCAACUCCCAUAGAGGUAUUGUGUAAAAAUCAACCGUCUGAGUUUGUUUCGUACUUCCGUUACUGCCGGUCUCUACGGUUUGAUGACAAACCUGAUUACUCUUACCUCAAGAGGCUAUUCCGCGACUUGUUUAUUCGAGAAGGUUAUCAGUUUGACUAUGUAUUUGACUGGACAAUUCUGAAGUAUCCUCAUAUUGGUUCCAGCUCUGGUUCUAGUUCACGUACGCGGAAUCAUACAACUGCAGGACCUUCUCUCGAAAAACCAGAGAGGGCUGUUGCUGGAAAGGAAAUCCGCGAGAACCGGUUCUCAGGUGCGGUUGAGGCUUUCUCUAGGAGGCAUCCAACCACGUCUACUCCUCGUGAUCGCUCAGCAUCAAGAAACUCUGAUGAUGGGCCUUUGUCCAAGCAUUCGCACGGUGACUCAGAAAGAUUACGUAAUUCCUCAAGAUACGGAAGCUCAUCAAGGAGAGCAAUUGCUUCAAGUUCUCGUCCAAGUUCCGCGGGUGGACCAAGUGAUAGUCGAUCCGCUAGCCGUCUGGUUGCUUCGAGUGGCGGAGUCGGAACAGGAAGUAACCGUGCAUCGACAAGCCAGGGAAUCCAAUCAGGAAACGUAUCUAAGACGUCAACUUUUUCUCGUGCUGCUAGAAACACUCGGGAGGAUCCAUUGAGGAGGAGCUUAGAGCUUCUCUCUCUCCGAAAAUGAAACAUGAAAAGAAGAAAGUCAAUAUACGAACAAACCAAACACAACAAAACCAUCGUAAGAGAAUCUGCGUUAAGAUUACACAACAUUUCAUUGUAUAUUUUAAAACAGUUUUAGUCUAGAUGACACUUAAAGAGAGAGGGAGCUGAGUUGUCGUGUAAAACGGAGAAAUUUAUGAAUGUUUUCUUAAUUUAUAACAAAACAUUACACGUUGGCUAAAU